AGUGUGGGUGCGUGUAAAACAGGGCAGGUCUGAUGUACAAAACGCCUGCAGGAACUACGGAUUUAAAGUAGGAUGUCUAAAACCCAGUGGAAGACAUGAACACAGUUGUGUGUAUGUGCUCAGAACAAGUAUCACCAGAGAACUGUCGAGGUGAACCUUUCGGAAUGAAGAAAACAUUCGAGAGGACCGGAGCAGCACAAACUUUGCGUCGCCGACCUCACGAGGAACUUUAACGCGACUGUUUCAGAAAGUCAUUUGAAUCGAAAGCUCUAGUGGGUCGAAUAUGCCUUUGAGUGUAAAACCGCAGAAGUUUGCCUGGACAGCAGAGUUUAGUUUAGUCGAAAUGUUGCCACGCAGUCGUUUUUGAGUUCGGAAUGCCCUUCUGUGGAUACAUUCACACACUCAGUGUUUUGCAUUCACUAACAAGUUUGUGUGCACUCAAAUUGUUUAUUUACAGCAGUCGCGAGGGGAAUGAACAUCGUCUGUAAGUCCAGGUAAUUCACAAUCAAAUCCCGUUUUUAUUAUCGCGAUAGCUUAAUAACUCCUGUAACCACAGCGACAGAGUGGUUUCACUUUAGUUCUGCCGUUCAUUUCUUGCAAUUGUCGUGGGUUCUCUACUAUGUUGUUAAAACCUGAUUCCAUUUUAACCCGCUGCGUUUGUUCCUUCUUGGCCAACAUAUUUAACAGAAAUCAUAUCUCUGUUUCUGAUUUGUUUGCGACUUCUUAAUUUCAGGUAGUCGCCUCCGUUUUAGAAUGUGGAAUCCGUCUUUCAGUACUGAACUGAACGUGAACUGAAAAGACUUGGAAAGACUUUCUAGCAUUGAAAUAAUGAGGUUUAGGAAGUAUUUAAGAGGCAGUGGGAGGGUCUUGGCUUUUGUGUUUAUCGCAUCUGUAAUCUGGCUCCUUUUUGACAUCGCAGCACUGCGGAUAUCCAUCGAUGAAGCGAAUCAGGAUCUCAAAGAGAGAGAGAUUGUACUAAAACAGGGAAGGAGGAAAGACAAUGUAGAGGAUGUGCUCAAACAUCCACUGCAGAAAGUAAACAUAGACAAGAGGGAUUUUUUACAAAAUAGCAACCGGUUUGAAAGGAAAGUUGAUCAGGUUUACAGAAAGUGGCCAAAGGCGAGACCAGAAAAUCAAAGCAAAGUGAAUCUAAAUGUGAACGGAACAAUUAUUAGCAUCCCUGAAAAGAUAAAUGAGACAAAAGCUGUUAUUUAUGGCAAAGUGAGCAAUAUAACUGCAAACAUGAACAAAAUAAAAGCUGCUGUUAGUGGACAGACGGAAGCAAAUCUGCAUGUUAAGGCACAUUUACUUACUAAAGCACUGCCUGCUGUCCAGGAGAAAGCGCAUCCUUCUGUGCUCAAAGAAAAGAGUGUGAAAAAAGUACAUCACAUUAAUGACACACUAGCGAUGUCGCAAAAUGAAGUACGUGUAGAUGUUGGUUUACAAAAGAACUUGAGUAAUGAAUUGCUGAAACCAGCAGAGAGGGAUAAACCGAAGAACAUUCUUGACCAUGCAGUGAAACAUGUCAGUGCUAUCAACAAAACGAAACCAGAUAUUAUUCAAAAACUAAGUGAACUGAAGGACCCAGCAGAGGAGGCAUUACAAGUACUGCACUCUACAAGUGUGCAGGUGAGGAGGUCAGGAGGUCAUCAUAAGGUUAUGGCCCUAGAUGUAACAGACAGGCCCAGAGAUCCCAGCGCUGUGGGACAGUUUGGCCAGCCUGCAAGUGUUCCCAGAGAUAAAGAACUGGAGAGUCGAAGACGCUGGAGUGAAGGAUUUUUUAAUGUAUUCCUGAGUGAACAGAUCCCAAUAGACAGAGCCAUCCCAGACACCAGACCUCGAAUAUGUUCAGAAAAUCUUGUGCAUGAUGACCUGCCCAGUACCAGUGUGAUCUUCUGUUUUGUGGAUGAGGUUUGGUCCACUCUGCUGCGCUCGGUGCACAGUGUGCUCAACAGGUCUCCUCCACACCUGCUGAAAGAGAUCAUUCUGGUGGAUGACUGCAGCACCAAAGACUACCUGAAGGAACAGUUGGAUGUUUAUAUGUCUCAGUUCCCUAAAGUACGAAUCAUCCGUCUGAAAGAGAGACAAGGCCUAAUCAGAGCCAGGAUAGCAGGGGCCUCCGCUGCUACAGGUGAAGUGUUGACAUUCCUGGACUCUCACGUUGAGUGUAAUGUGGGGUGGCUGGAGCCACUGUUAGAAAGAAUUUACCUGGACCGCAAAAAAGUGGUCUGUCCUGUUAUUGAGGUCAUCAGUGAUAAGGACAUGAGUUACAUGCUUGUUGAUAACUUCCAAAGAGGCAUUUUCAGAUGGCCGCUGGUGUUUGGCUGGAGCGCGCUACCUCAGGAAUAUAUUAGAAAGAACCAGGUCAAGGAUUCAGACCCCAUCAGGUGUCCUGUUAUGGCAGGGGGUCUUUUCUCUAUGGACAAGAGCUAUUUCUAUGAGCUGGGGGCAUAUGACCCAGGCCUGGAUGUCUGGGGUGGGGAAAACAUGGAAAUCUCUUUCAAGAUCUGGAUGUGUGGUGGCGAGAUUGAAAUCAUUCCCUGUUCACGUGUCGGCCACAUCUUCCGUGGUGAUAACCCUUACAAGUUCCCCAAAAACCGUGUGAAGACAGUCGAAAGAAACUUGGCCAGGGUUGCAGAGGUGUGGCUAGAUGACUAUAAAGAGCUGUUUUAUGGCCAUGGUUACCACCACCUGCUGGACAAAAGUGUGACUGAGAUAGGAAAUCUGACAGAACAGAUUGAGCUGAGAAAAAAACUUGAGUGUAAAAGCUUUAAAUGGUACUUGGAGAAUGUCUACCCAGAUCUGGAUGCCCCUCUGGUCAAAGCAGAAGGACUGAUUUUCAAUGUUGGAACCAGAAAAUGUUUGGUAUUUCUCAAUGACGUUUUAUUAUUUGAUAAAUGUGAACACACAAAUAAGAGUCAACACUUCAGCUACACCUGGUUAAGGAUGCUUCGACAGAACACUUCCUGUUUCGCUCCUCAGGAAAAACAGAUUAUCAUGGAACCAUGUGACAGCACUAAGCCACAUCUCCGCUGGAUGCACAAGUCUAAAGGUUUGACGGAGCAUGUGAUGAUAGAGGGACAUUCCCGACCCAUCUGUCUGGAAGCUGGAGUUAAAACUAACAGCAUCUUACUUACGGACUGUGAUCCUGUCAAUAAUUUUCAGAAAUGGCAGUUUACACACUACUACGCUGAGUGAGAUGCUCCAGAAUAUUACUCCCGUAUUGUCCACAACAACUUUCACCUCUGUGCAUGGAUUUGUAAUUUUUUGUUUGUUUGUUUUAAUAUGUGUGAUUUGAUGAAAGGGUUUGGUCCAUUUAAUGUCCACUUAAUGCACAUUGUGUAAUACAGAUGUGAUUUUGUUGUUUGAUUUUUGACAUUCUGAAUCAUAAGUGUUUGGGGUUCACAUCAGAUAAUCAGGUCUUCUCUUUUGGGUAAUCCAGGUUGUUUGUAUUUUAGGGUUUGUGUGGGAAAUACUUUUGGUAUGGAUAGCAAAUGAUACAUAGGGGUUUUCCACAAUAAAAACCAUUUUGAAGUACCCUUAAGAUAUUUUCACAAUAAAGUUCUUGUUGCUUGUUAACACAAGCAUUUAAUUUUUAUAUGUUCAAGUCGUUAUGAAAUGACCGACUUUACUAUCGUAUUGUGACGUAUUUCCAAGUGAAACACCUUAUCGAACAAGAAAAAAUAUAAAUUGGAUUGUGAAAAGUGAGCAAUGCAUACCUAUAAGUGCCACCUAUUGACCAGACGACCCUAUAUAAUGGCGUGGCAGAAGGUUUCCUGAAUGUUCUGUCAUUUUUGUGCACUGCUGUAAAUAACACUUAAGUUAUUGCAGUUUAAGGUAUUUAAUUAUAAUUAAUAAAUUAUUAUCU